AUGCAGGUGAAGCAUGUGAGGCUUUUUUUGUUUGAGUGCAAAGAUCCAAGCCAUGAAGCCUUCAGGCUAGGGGUGGCUGCAGCCAUCCUUCUAAGCCUAGCCCACGUUUUUGCAAACUUGCUCGGUGGCUGCAGCGUUUGUACCCACGAAGAGAUCCAGAAAGCACCACCUAGCAGGCAGUGCUCACUGGCUUGCCUCUUCCUUACAUGGGUCACCUUGGCCAUCGGAUUAACCCUUUUGGUUGCUGGAACCAUGUCCAACAAUAAGUCAAGAGCGUCAUGUGGAUUGACACAUCAUCACUAUCUCUCCCUUGGAGGCACUUUGUGCUUUGUUCAUGCUGGCUUUUCUGUUGGCUACUUGGUCACUUCCACUGCUGCCCUUGGUGAUUAA